GCGCGGGGCCUGAGCUCGGAGACGGGACGCGGCGGCCAGAGAGGGCGGGGUCGCCCAGGAUCACCCCGCGCAGAGGCGCGCCCCCGGCUGGGCUCCGACCCUGUCCCCGAGCGGUGGACAUAGGCUGUUUCUGGUCACCCUCCGGGGCUGGGUGUUGUCGAUACCAACCGGAUCCGCACGUUUGGACAUUCGGGAUCUGACCAGCCCACCGAAGACGGGCACGGGGCUGUCCCAGUCAGUGUGGCAGGGCUCCCCCAUGGCUGCACAUUGAGCCCAGCUACAGGCUUUGGUCCAGCUGCGUAGGUGCAAAUAUACACGUCCACCUCGUCCUCCUGCCUGCUGGGAAAAGGAGGACCCAGGAGAUCCGAACACUGGGCUACUGCUGCCAGCUGGUUGGCGGGGUCCUGGUGGAACAGUGUCCAGCCCGGUCAGAAGUGGGGACGCGCCUGCUCACACUGUCCUCCGAGCUCAGCCACUGCAGGACUGUCCUGCGACUCUUUGACGACGUGGCCAUGUUUAUCUACACGAAGCAGUAUGGCCUGGGGCCAGAGGAGGAAGACAGCUUUGUCCGCUGCGUCUCCGUCCUGGGCAACGUGGCCGACCAGCUCUACUACCCCUGUGAGCACAUUGCCUGGGCUGCUGAUGCCAACAUCCUCUGCGUGGACUCCGCCCGGUGGUGGACGCUGAGCACAGCCUUCUGGGGCCUGUCCCUGCUGCUGGGCAUUGCCAGGUCCCUGUGGCUGGUCCUGACGCUGAGACGGAGGCUGAGGAGCCCCGUGGUGGCCUUCACCAGCCGGCUGCCCCGAAGCAAGCGGAAGGCCAUGGAGGCCCAGGUCCGGUCAGAGGUGCUGGCUGUCCUGAGCAACCUGGCCGAUCUGGCCAACGCCGUGCACUGGCUGCCUCGGGGCGUCCUGUGGGCCGGCCGCUUCCCCCCGUGGCUCGUGGGCCUCCUGGGCACCGUGUCCUCCCUCCUCAGCGUGUACCAGGCGGUCCAGGCCGGCGGCGGGGAGGCCGCCGCCACCCCCUGACGCGGCCCGGGCGGGGUGUGGGUGCGGCCGGAGCCCCGCCAGGGGGCCCCUUCCCACCAAGCAGCGGCCGCUCGAGUGGGGGACAGGGUCUGGAGCGGAGGGAAACCAGUGCCGGGUGUGGGGACGCGUAACCCAGAGAACGCUCGGGGCAGCCCUGGGCGCAGGCCCGGGGUGGGUGCCCUGGGUGCUGAGGGCCAGGCCUUCCCAACUCGGUUGGGGCUCGGAGGGGGGCUUCUCUCAGGGCCAGAGUAGGGGUCCCCAGGCCUCAGGUGCGGAGAAGGUGCUGCGGGCCUCAGCAGCACCCCGCCUGCCCGCGUCUGCCUCAGGCGAGCCCGAGCCAGGGCGGCGUGCGCCAAGCGGGCCUUAGGAAAGCUGGAUUGGUGACCGAUUAAACAGGGUGCUGGGGCCAGA